UUUAGUUUCUCCACAUGCCACGGGGGCGUCGGUGGCCCAGGUCACGUGCUCAGGAGCGGUCAGCCAAUCCGGAGCGACGACGGGAAACAGCUGACGGUGAACAACAACACUCAGCGUCGUCUUUUCCUGCAGGUGGUGGUGUGUAGUGGACUCCUGCACGUAGCUAACAAACUCUUAGGAGACCUCCUCUGUGCUGUGAGGGCGGCUGUCUGCCUCUGGCUGGUUAUGCAAGGUAAAUGUCCGAACCUCCUCCUCCUCCUCCUCCUGUAAAAACAAAGAGGGACGUGGUGCGAGCUUUCCAGUGAGGAGAGGAGACCUCGAAGCUCGUCAUCCACCCCAAAAAACCCAGCCGAGCAACCACAAUGGCACCGUCCCUCAUCCGAGCUUGCCGCAGUCUGGCUCUCUCGACGUGGCUGCUGUCGUUUUGUUUCGUCCACUUGCUCUGCCUGGACUUCACGGUUGCAGAGAAAGAGGAGUGGUACACGGCUUUUGUCAACAUCACCUAUCUGGACCCCGUCACCUCGGAGCUAAAGACGGAGAAGACCGAGUGCGGUCGGUAUGGCGAGCACUCACCCAAGAAAGAAGCCAGAGGUCUGGUCCUGGUGCCGACCCUGCUGCAGGACAGGCAGGCGUGCGACCCGAGCGUCAGGUUCCCCCCGGUGUAUCACAACACCGCCUGGGUGGCGUUGGUGGCUGCGGGGAAUUGUUCAUACCGAGAGAAAAUCCGUAAUGUUGCAAACUACAACGCCUCUGCAGUUGUCAUAUACAACGUGGGCUCCGCGGGUGCCAACGACACCAUAACAAUGCCCCAUCAAGGUACAGGCGAUGUGGUGGCCAUCAUGAUCCCAGAGCCUAGAGGUCGUGAGAUCGUGGCCUUGCUGGAGCAGCACAUCGUGAUCAUGUUGCAGAUCACCAUAGGAACCCGCAACCUGCAGAAGUACGUGAGCAGAACGUCGGUAGUGUUUGUCUCCAUCUCCUUCAUCGUUCUCAUGAUCAUCUCCCUCGCCUGGCUCGUCUUCUACUAUAUCCAGAGAUUCCGCUACGCUAAUGCACGAGACCGCAACCAGAGACGGUUGGGAGAUGCUGCCAAAAAGGCCCUCAGUAAGCUGCAAGUACGCACCAUUAAGAAAGGAGACGAGGAGACUGAAUCAGACUUUGACAACUGUGCAGUUUGCAUUGAAAGUUAUAAGCCUAAUGAUGUAGUAAGGAUAUUACCAUGCAGGCAUGUUUUCCAUAAGCACUGUGUAGACCCCUGGCUACAAGACCACCGAACGUGCCCCAUGUGCAAAAUGAACAUCCUCAAAGCUUUAGGAAUCCUUCUCAACGCAGACUGUUCAGAUGAUGUUCCUCCGGACUAUGAGACAUCUGUCGGGGGUCCACCCACCAACCCCAUCAGCGGGGCGAGUGAAAUCACAGUUAAUGAAAGCUCGGUGGUUCUGGAUUCAGCCGGGAGAGCGAUAGGUCUGCAGCAGCAUCAUCCUAAUGCAGAGACAGAACCUCAGGAAGGAGAGGAGAGCCGCAUCAUCGCCAGCAGUGAGCACCAGCCUCCACUCAGCAGUGAUUCGGACACUUCAAUCAUGGGCAGGGAGGUCGGCAUGUCAGAGGUAGACCUAUCCAGAGAGCAGGGAUGUCAGGUGCCCAAAUCCUGAGCCAAUUAAAGCUAAGGAAAAAAAAAAGCAUGAGUCACCAGGAAAAGGAGGAUGAGAGUGACCAGAGAGACCCGGAGAGACUUACCACGUCUUUAGCCCUCUUGAGGACGUGACUUCUCAGAACUUGGGCAAAUGAGCAAUACAGCAUAGCAGCACAAAAACACUCUGUCUUUACUGCAUCUGUGGACAUGUUGCUUGCUCGUUUUCCAGCAGUCACACCUCACCAUUUUGUCGGUUUGACUGCCGUGGUGACUAGACAACCCAUCACAGCUCUCACAUUGUGCUGGCCCGGUUUUUGUCCACGUAAUCUUUUCACAUCCUUAAAUCUAGCAUCUGAAGUACACAUACAAUGCUGUAGCCCUUCACAGUACUGACAAGGCUGAAUUAUUAGUUUCUCCUCACUCUGGCAAACCUAAAACCUGCUGCUGGACACAAUAUAUGCACAGGAGCAGCAGGGCCUCCUUAACGCCAGUUUGCAGCUUUAAUUAUUAUCUAAAUACGUGCAGAUUGUUUGAUUUCUUGGUAUGAGAUCACUGCCAACAUCAUCCAGAAGUGAUGUGAUGGAUUCAUAGCAGUCCCUAACAGUUGGUGUGAACUCCCACCAGCAAUUUUUCAACUUCAGACAUGGGUACAUGUUAUUAUCCCUUGGAAACUUGAAGCGUAGUUCUUUAAGUUCAUACGAUGACAUGUGAGGAGUUGGAAUAUGUAUGCACACGUUUAUGCUGUAAUUUCUAAACUGUUCCUGUUACUAUUUUGUGAGACCUUCAUUUCUAACUUCUAUUUUACCAACUGGAUAUUCCUGUUGUUGAGAGGAAAUAACCAAACACAUGGAAGAUCUUUCACGUCGUCACAUUUGACAAUCAUAGCUCGCCACAAGCAGUUUGAAGUGAUGUCACCCACUGCCCUGCUGAAACUGCUGCUGAUCUAUCACAACACACGAUGCUAGUGAUCACUCCACGCUGUCUGUCAGGAGGGAAAUGCUAAAUACAGCUGGCACAUAACAGUUGUCACUACCAAAUCUUGGCAGUGUGCACAUAUAUUAGACAAACUUCCUACAUUUGUCAAGCCAGCCAAUAUUAUUAUGUCAAUCGAGUCUUUGUGCAAAGAUUAUGAGUAGUAUUUUAAACACGUUUUCCUGCAGCAGCUAUGCAUUACCUGACAAAUAAGAUGCGUUUGAAACGGUCAGGGUUUUUUCAUUUGAGGAAUUUGAUGCUUCAAGCAUGGGAUGUUUUUUUUUUUUUAUGGCAUGAAAAGCUCACAGCAUGAAAAUGUUUACAGCUUUAGAAGUUUUGUUUGGUCUACGUCCACACUAACCCGGCUAAUUUUAGACGACGACAUGCAGGCAGCCAAGUGUUUUCUGGGUCAAGGGUUUUCACAUAAGAUCUCUGCACAAAAACACCUGAACAAUCGGAAAAUGUUUCUUAUUCUUCGUCCUCAGUCAGCAAACCAAGUAAGGGCAUCACAACCAACAUAUGCUAAAAAAUGGUUUGGACUGUCAAUUACUCUUCUGAGCUGAAAAGCACCUAUUUCUAUGAUUUCCUAUAUAUUUUAGCUUUAACCUUACCCAACAAACCAAGAAUAACGUUGUUUUAAUACCUUUCUACUAUAAAUUGAAUGUAGGCAUUAUAAAUGUGGAGUUGAGCUGCAAUUUUAAUUCAUAUAGAGAAGCAUCUCAUUUGAAUAAGCAUUUUAUUUGGAGUUUGAGUUCAAACUUUUAUCACCACCAAGAGCAUAAAACAGUCAGUAACUCAAGAAACAAGAAGCAUUUGAAGAACUUUUUUUUCGUGGUGAGAAAAUCACCAGUUUAGUGCGGAUGGAGGGCCAAAACAAAGAAGUUUGCAUUUUUAAACUUGGUGCGGAUGUGCUCUCAGACUUCCACAGUGAUGUUGACUGUUAACACACAUCAUCAUCAUCAUCAUCUCUUACAGUAAAGAGCAGAAUUCAUUCUCCUGCUCUUCUCUUCCUUUUUGUACUCGUGUCAAUCACCUCCUAAUUGCCUUUUCUGUAAUGUCAUAUUGAACCAGAUCAGUACACUCUAACACACGACUGGAUCUGUUUUCUCUCACAUUCCUGUAGACUUGCACACUGAUGAAGUACAGACCCGCUGACUGAGUCCAUGGAAUUUAACUGGGUUUUUUUUUUUUUCACUUCCAGUCAUUGUUUCCAUUAUGUCCUGCAGCCACCUGAGACUCAGUUAUAUAACGCGCACAUGUGCACACUCCCCUGUUUGGGUCAAUCAUUGAAGGAUCAUUGAACAUUUCAGUGUUUCAUGAGCGUUGGUUUCAGGAGGGGCACUCUUUAAGGGUUCUGUGUGACUGUAUGUUCUUGGCUGUAGCAGCUUGAUACCCAUAUACGACAAUACUAGUCGCUAAAGUAAAAGAAUUUUGAAUAUUUUGGUUCUGACAGCAUACUGCCUGCAGUUGGGGUAAAAAAAAAACUGUCACAGUUUUCACAUUACCUCACUUUAUAUUCAACGAUUAGCACAUACUGACAGGUUCUGCAUCGAACCUACAACUUCAACAUGACUUAUGGAAGAAUUCAUGAAUGUACAAUUUACAUAUACUAUUCAUUAGACAAAAUGGUGGUAAUAGUCAGCCUGGUUUACCUCUAGCUAUACAUGUUUUGUGAUUUCUGCCAGCACAUUAUAGAUACAGAUGAUUAUCAGCCAGCCUGAUCUGGACCUUUUCAACCCUCUGGGGUCCUAUCAGUGGCCCUUUCAGUUGCUUGGACCCCACAGGGUUUGCCCUGUUUAUGCUACAUCGGCUCACAGGGAUGAUGAGACUGGCACAAUAAUAUAACCUCCCAAAAACAACAACAUGAAUAUCUCUCCUCUCUUGCUUGUUACCGCCACUCCUCACUUCCUCGAGCCUUCUGUCCUCCUCCUCCUUCUCAUGUUUGCACAAACAGUCUCGUCGCCAUCUUGACCAUUUGUUUGGUCGGCAUAGCAACAAGAUGAAGCAAAGCACAUCCGUUUUCAGUGCCACAGCCCUCGAUUCUGGAUGACUACUGCCGAAGAGAGGGAGUUUGUCUAAAAGUGGAUUAACUUCUUUUUACAGACCAACUUAAGAAUUGUGUGACUAAGCUACAAGGACAUUUCUCAGUUUUGUCUGUUUACAGUGUUUCAGUCACAACUCUUAGGUAGUAAGUAGAAUUCAAAUGAAUUUUUAAAACACAAAAGACCUUGGUGUUCGACAUGUAAUGGCAUUCAGUGUACCAAAAAAAACACAAGAUUUUAAACCUAAUUGUACCCGCAGCACUGCAUUACACUUUAUUUUAUGUGUCUUUAAUUUCCAACAAGUUUCCUGGAAAGAACUAUGUAAUUUAAGGGGAAAUAGAAAAGUGGCACAUGCCUCUGACUCAUUUAAUGGAAUAAAACAUCAGGUUCAGACACAAUAUACUAAAUAAGCACACAAGUACACAUCCACCAAUAAAUAAUGUUAUGUUUGACACGGUAGUGAGCUACUUAAGUAUGAAAUAGCUAAGACAAUAGUUGAAUUAUAUGAAUUAUAUUCAUCUGCUGUUGACUCUUUCAUUUAAAUGGGAUUAAUUAAUUGAAAUUAAUUUAUCGAUUGAACACUAUUUCUAUUUCCUUAUACUUAGUGUAGAACUGGGUCUCUGGGUACCCCAGCUUCAGUCCAAAGACAGGUUAAUUGAUGACUCUAAAUUGCAUGUAGUAGUGGUUGUAUGUCUCGCUGCCCUUUGAUGAACUGCUAACUUGUCCAGGUUGUACCCCGUCUCUCGCCCUCAGCUGGAUUAGGCUCCAGCCCCCCGCAACCCUGAUGAGGAUAAGCAGUUAGCAAACCGCAUUGUUCUUUCAAGGAAAUUCACAUAGAAAUUAGAGAUCUGUAAAAUAAAGUGUGACCCAUCAUAGUUUUAUUACAGGUAGGCUGUCAUGUAUUUUUAUUUUGUUCUCUCAUCACAUGCUUUCUUCUGAUUGUGUAAACUUUCCUAUACUGCACUUUAUCCCUCCAGUGAAUGUGGAGCGGCUAAACUUGAGAAAGUCUUUUUUAUGUACAGCUUUUGAGAAAGAGGGCUACAGUAUUGAACAUGGCACAUGACUCAGUUGUUGCUUAUUGUAUAAUGUUGUGAUCUUUUAUCUGUACUAUUGUGUAUAUGUGGGGGGUUAUCGAUAUAUUGUACACUAUACCCAGCAGAAAUAACAGCAUUGCUAUUUUGUAAUAUAAAAGGAAUUGUAUGAUUAGCAGUGUCUCUGUCCUUUUCUUGUACCAUGAUGCACGUGUAUGUCUAUGAUUGUGAGUUACAAUAAAUUUGAAUCAGGUUUUUUCAACUUUGA